AUGUCGUGGCAGCCAAAGCUUCGCCCCAAGGGCUUCCCGCAUACCAUGGAUGAUUUUACGGCGGUGGCUUCGUUGUCGGAACUGGAGCAUCGGGCGAGGACUGGCGAGGACAAGCGCGACCAGCGUGUCUUCCGGGUCAAGCGCAAACACGUUUUGAAAGCCUGUGAUCGCUGUCGCGUGAAGAAGACCAAAUGUGAUGGGAAACAGCCGUGCAAUCGCUGCUCGGUAUACAACCACCCAUGUUUAUUCCGUGAAAGAAAGGCCACCCAGACCAAAGUAUAUUCCAGAGGAUUUGUCGAAAUGCUCGAAUCCCACCAUUCCCUGGUCGUAAAAGCCCUCCAGAAACUCUACAAGUUCUGCAUCAACAAGGAAGGCUUCCCAGGCGAUGCCCUAGCCGAAGCCCCAGACGGCCAUCCCCUCACACACGCCAUCCUCGACCGGCUAGGACUAAUCAAACAAGCCGAAGAAAACGCCGACGAACCAGACGAGGACUCCGAGGAUCUGCGAUACCUGCGCUUACUAUCAACCUCCACCGAAUGCAGCGUCACAGCAGAACCCUCCCCGGAACCAACUACACCCCCAGAGCCCUCGCCAACGCUCUCGCGCCCAACAUGUCCAAUCCCAACGCCGACAGUGCCCACCCGCAGCACCAGCACCAGCUGGCAAUGGGAUAUCCAGCCCGUGCAGACAAGCUACAGCUACCCAGACGGGUACCACGAUCUAAUGGCACUACAGCGAUCAUCCAUGAGCGCACCAGAUAUGGGCACUGAUAUCGCGCAUGUUGAUAUCGCGACUGCGCCGUCUGGCUUACCCCCGCACCAUCACCAUUCCCAUUCGCAUCCAGAUUCUUUCGCAUAUGUCCUUGACAACUGCUGCGAUGGCAACGCGCAAGACGUAAAGCCCGUUAUCGCGAGACUACCGCCCGGCCUGAUGGAGCAUACGCACCACCACAUGAACAACAAUCUCUCGGGGGAGAUGAUGGGAGAUUACCAUUUCCCGCAGGAUUCGACAUUUUACUCUGGGUUUACUCCCGGUUGGAAUUUCCCUUCUGGGUAG